CCAGGAGGGAUGGAGGUGGCACCGGGCACUCUUGGUCAACCUCCGAACGCGGAGCCAGGCACCUCCACGGGUGCAGGCGCUAAGCGGCCCUCCCCAGCCGCGCACUGCACCCCCGCGGGCGCCAUUCCAGGGAACCAAGGUCGGAAUUAGGGGUACAGGUGGGAAGCAGACGCGGAACCAGGGAGAAACAGGAGCGGUGAAAUAACCCAGAGAGCUUAAGCCCGGGAGAAGGGGCGCGGCGUCUUCUGACUAGAGGAUUUCGCCCCGCGCGCCCAGCGCACCGCUCAGGCGCCGCCAGAGCCCGGAGCAGGGGUGUCCUCUCCGAGGGGGUGCAACGGUCCCCCGCGCCGUGCCCUUCGCCUAGCGCCAACCGGCUCCUCAGCAGAGUCCAGGAAGGGUCUCCGGUUCAAGACAGGGAUCUACGGCCAUGGCCGAGGUCGCGGAGCUGGAGGGGGGCGCCCCGCGUCCUCGGAGCCCGUCCGGGGGCCCGGCGCUUCAGGAGGAGAGGCGGGACGAGCCGGAGGCCGCCGGCCCGAAGGCUCAGCGAGAGGAGGCUAGAGAGGGCCCCGCGGAGGCGCCGAGGGGCGAAGGGGCGGGCGCAGCCGCGACGGCCGAGGGGCCCGAGGGAGAAGGCCCGGGACCGGCCGGAGGGCGAGCGGGCGGGCUGGAACCCGGCUCUGGCGGGGGCCCAGGAGCCGAGACGCGGGGCGGGAGCGGGGCGCAGGGCCAGGCCGAGGCAGGGGAGGACGCCCGCGAGGGAGAGGGGCUGACGAGCGGCGCGGAGCCGGAGGAGGAGGCGAGCCCCGGGCCAGGCGCGCAGGGCGAGGAGCCGGGGGAGGUUCAGGCGGGGCCCAGGGAUCCCGCUGCCUUGAACGCGAAGGAAGAGGCGGGGAGCGGGCCGGGGGAGCCGGCCGGCAGCGCGCCUGGGGCAUCCGGGGCGCGCGUGGACGCCCCGGAGUCGGUGGGGGAAAGCGUGGUAGCCGAGGGGUCGAUGGGGGCCCUCGUGGACGCCCCGGAGUCGGUGGGGAACAGCGUGGACUCCGAGGGGUCGGUGGGGGCCCGCGUGGACGCAGAGGGGCCGGGGGGGGAGAGCGUGGGAGCCGAGGAAUCGAUGGCGGAUAGCACAGAUGUCGGGGGGCCAACGGGGGCCAGCACGGAUGUCGGGGGGCCGACGGCAGGAGCGCAGGGCGCCGAGGGUGAGCCCCGGGACGGAGGGGACCUCAGACCCCAGUCCCAGGCAGAGGCGAUUGAGGCCCCAGCGGCGGAGAGCGCGGGGUGCACCCCCGGGGAGCUUGUGCGAGGGCCUCGGGGUUCAGCGGAGGAGACGGGCGACCCCGAGGGAGAGGAGUCGGGGGAAGCGGCCCCAGGGGACGCGAGAGCAGAGGCCGGUGAGGACGCGGAUCAGGGUGGGCCCCAGGGGCAGGCGGAGGAGGCCGAAGAGGAGAGGCCGGAACGGGGUCUCCAGGGGCCAGACGAGGAGGCCACGGCCGGGGGCGAGGAGGAGCCCCCCGACGGCACCGCGGCUGGAGAGGCGAUCCAGCCGGCGGAGGUCGGGGAGCCCCAGGCCGACCUGAGCAACCACCUGGCGGACAAGCGCAGCGCUGAACGCGGCGGUGGGACAGUGCCCGAGAACGACGGCCAGGAGGGCGGCGAGGCGUCCGAGGAGGGGCCCCCGGGGCAGGACCACGACAUCACCCUCUUCGUGAAGGCUGGCUGUGAUGGUGAGAGUAUUGGAAAUUGCCCAUUUUCUCAGCGUCUCUUUAUGAUUCUCUGGCUAAAGGGCGUUAUAUUUAAUGUGACAACAGUGGACUUGAAAAGGAAACCCGCGGACCUGCAGAACUUGGCUCCCGGCACCAACCCACCUUUCAUGACUUUUGAUGGUGAAGUCAAGACAGAUGUGAAUAAGAUCGAGGAGUUCUUAGAGGAGAAAUUGGCUCCCCCAAGGUACCCUAAGCUGGGGACCCAACACCCUGAAUCUAACUCUGCUGGAAAUGACGUGUUUGCCAAGUUCUCAGCAUUUAUAAAAAACACCAAGAAGGAUGCAAAUGAGAUUUAUGAAAGGAACCUGUUAAAGGCCCUGAAGAAGCUAGAUAGUUAUCUGAACAGUCCCCUGCCUGAUGAGAUAGAUGCCUACAGCACCGAGGAAGCUGCUAUUUCUGGACGGAAGUUCCUGGAUGGCAAUGAGCUCACGCUGGCUGACUGCAACCUCUUACCCAAGCUCCACAUUAUUAAGAUUGUGGCCAAGAGAUACAGAGAUUUUGAAUUUCCUUCUGAAAUGACUGGCAUCUGGAGGUACUUGAACAAUGCAUAUGCUCGGGAUGAAUUCACAAACACAUGUCCUGCCGACCAGGAGAUUGAACACGCAUAUUCAGAUGUUGCCAAAAGAAUGAAGUGAACCUGGGCUGUUUUCUGUCUCAUUUCUCAGCUAUGUGAGCUAGACUAUGAAAAGAGUGUCUCCUUUGUGUUUUCCUCCCAGUAACCAUUCUUUGCAAAAUAAUGCCCAUACUUUAGCAAUGUGGAUACCAUAGCAUGAUCCACUCAACAGGAAAUGAUUCCUAGCCUUGUAAUUUGUCAGCUCACUUGUGUAUCUGAAUAAUACCAGUAUCUGUUGUUAUA